UUGAAAUCGUUUUCGUACCAGCUUUUAGAACCAUAUAGGAUUUCAUGAUAAGAAAUUCGUACCAUAACCUCAAUUAUUAGUAUGAUUUUAAAAUGCUCGCAUUGCAGCACUUUAUUAUAUUUGCGGUAACUAGUACUGUAGCUAUUAUAUUUUCUAAUUAUCUUCGGUUUACAUACUUUCUCGAUAUUUUUUCAUAUAAAUUUUUUAAUGGUAUCAAUGAUUUACAGGUGUACGAUUACAUCAUCGUUGGAGCUGGUACUGCAGGAGCAACUAUAUCUGCAAGAUUAGCAGAAUAUGGGUACACGGUUUUACUCCUUGAAGCCGGUGGAGUUCCACCACCCUUUCUUGAUAUUCCACUUUUAGCUCCUUUGAUUCAAAAUAGUCCAUAUGACUGGCAAUACACUACUGUACCUCAACAAAAUGCUUGCAAGGGUUUAGUUAACAAUCAAAGCAGAUGGCCAAUGGGUAAACUUCUUGGCGGAACUAGUCGAUUAAAUUACAUGCUUUAUGUACGUGGACAUCCCCUUGACUAUAGUGAUUGGCUUCCAGAUUUCAUUGAACCUACUAAACAGAAUGGUGGUCCAAUGAAUAUAAAUGCCCUGAAAUGGAAUACUAAUCUCUCUGAUAUAAUCUUGAAAGGAUUGGAAGAGUUACAUCAAUCCAUUGGUAACAUCAAUGAGGAGUUAAAAAUUGGUUUUAUGAAACCACAGUUGUCUAUGGAAAAUGGUAAACGGUGGAGUACUGACAAAUUAUUGCACACAAAUGUUCAAAACAGAGUGAAUGUUAUUACUCAUGCUCAUGUUGAAAAAGUAUUGAUAGAGUCAAAGAAAGCAGUGGGAGUGCAAUUUAUGUCCCUAAAUAAAGUAUUUAAAGCUAUUGCAAAACGAGGUGUUAUUCUCAGUGCUGGAGCUAUUGGUAGUCCUAAAAUAUUAAUGUUAUCUGGAAUUGGUCCAAAAAAACAUUUAGAAGACUUAAAGAUAAAUGUUGUCAAAGAUUUACCAGUGGGUCAGCAUUUAGUAGACCAUAUACUCACAGGGACUGAUUUAGUUAUUCUUAAUGAAACCAUAGGUUUUAAUAUGGCAGAUACCUUAAGUCUUAGAUCAGCAAUAAACUACUUUCUUUUUGAAGAAGGUCCUUGGACAUCUGCAGGAGUUGAAGUUUUAGGAACAUUUUAUAGUUCUUUAAAAAAAAAUGUAUCAAGUGCACCAGAUUUACAGAUAAUGGUGAUGCCACUUGGAUUAUCAAAGGAUAAUGGAAUUGUUUUAAGAAGAGCUUUAGGAAUUUCAGAUGAGAUUUACAACGAUUACUUUGCUCCUCUUGCCUAUAAGAAUACUGUAACAAUUGCCCCAGUUCUACUACAUCCGAAAAGUACAGGAGAAGUUAAAUUAAAUAGUACCAAUCCUUUCGACCCGCCGUUAAUUAAUCCAAAGUACUUAACAAAUAAGGACGACAUUGCACUUCUUAUCGAUGGAUUACAAUUUGUGAAAAAACUCGUUCAAACGAGUGUUAUGAAAUCCAUUGGUGCAUCUAUUUAUGAAAAACAUUUUCCUGGUUGUGAAAAUGAAAACUUUGAUAGUAAAAAGUAUUGGGAAUGUUACAUACAACAUUUAACUUUAACUUCUUAUCAUCCUGCUGGGACAUGCCGUAUGGGUAAUGUUGUUGACCAGAAGUUUAGAGUUUACGGUGUAACAAAUCUGUAUGUGAUCGACGCAUCUGUACUACCGACGUUGCCGAGUGGUAAUAUUAAUGCUGCAGUUUUAAUGCUAACCGAGAAAGCUGCGCGUACAUUUAAACAAAAUGUAGAGCAUGACACAAAUUAUAAAAAAUGUUAUAAACCACACAAUUAUUAUCAUAAAUACAGCGAGUACUUCAAUAGAUGAAAAUAAUUAUUUUUU